AUGAAAGACGAUGAGGUGGCAAGUACUCUGAAAGGUUGGGAUGUCAAGGACAAGGAGCCCCAUGAGUUCCCUCCGGUGGACGUGGAGAGGAAGUUGAACAUCUCUACGCAAGAUGGUAAAAGGGAGACAAAUGUGAAUCCUUCUACUAAACGACAAAAUACCAAGGUGGUUAACGAUCCAGUGCACGGCCAUAUAAAACUUGUUCCUCUUUGUGUCGCCAUCAUGGACACUCCACAGUUCCAUAGACUGAGGGUGUACCAUCUAGCUGAGCUGCUGAUUACCAGUUUACGAGAGAGACAACCGGAGCUCAACAUCACUGAUGAAGACGUGUUGUGCGUACAGAUUGCGGGCCUUUGUAACGACCUGGGUCACGGCCCCUUCUCGCAAACCUUUGACACUAUUUUCAUUCCAUCUGCCGACAGAAACAAAAGAUGGAGACACGAACAGGCGUCUGCUGCCAUGUUUGAGUACAUGUACGAGGAUCCCGCUAACAACUUGGCCAGCAAGUUCGAGGAGUGUGGUCUGGAUGAGACUGAUCGCAUUUUCAUCAAGGAACAAAUCGCUGGACCGCUUGUUGAAGACAACAGUGAUUGGCCUUAUUAUGGAAGACCACAGGAAAAGGCUUUUUUGUAUGAUGUAAGGAAAUGA